CUGCGCUUCCGGCUCCCACUUGGAGGAGUCUCGCGGGAGCGCCGAGCGGCAUCGAUGGCGGUGGGGGGAAGGGGUCGACAUUUCUGGGGGCGGCUGCAGCUCCUCCUCCGCUGCGAAGGUCAAGGGCGGCGAGGGUGGAUGCGCGCCCCCCUGUCGUUUCUGAGGGGGUCCAGAUAAUAAACUCCUCCGCACCCACCCCAAAAGGGAAGGGGAGGGGGGCUGCAAGGGGAGGGUCCCGGGGGGAGGGGGGUCCGAGGCCUCCUCCAAUGCGCCCCCCUGCAGCCCCCCCCUGCACUGAAGGCUGAGGGACUGGACCCCCCGGGAACUUUCGCCAGCGGGGGGUAGGGGCUCGGAGGAAAUAAAGGGGGGGAGGGCUGAGGGUCCCCCUGCAAAGGCUCCGAGUCUCCAUGCGUCUCUGAAGGAGCCGCUCCGUCCAUGGAUCCCGGGAGUCACGAGCUGCCAGCCACUGAAUCCAUCGGGCGUCGCAGGCAUUCCUCUGCAGGAUCCCGGAGACGCUUCUUCAGCAAUUCCCUUCCAAACCCUUAGAAGGCCACGAAUCGGUCUUUAAACUCAGCCGAUGGCCAGCUGCAUCUAACUCAGCAACUUUUAGGAGGCCAAGGAGUUGAGUGCUGCCCUGAGCUGCUCCUGCCUGCCAGCCAUUCGCUUAGCCACGCAGGUGAUGCCGGCUCUGAACAGUUGGGAGCCUGGUUGCGGUGGCCCCCCUCACACGGUCUACACUCGGGGCCCUCCCUCCCACUUUCCCACCAGCGGCAUCAAUGGGGACCUGCAGGAAAAGGUCACCAGUCACUCUGGUAAAUCUUCCUGCACUCCGGCCCCAUGGAGCCCCCUCCCAUCCUUUGACCUCUCUGCACUUCAGCGUAGCCGGUUCUGGGCCAGCCCUGCCUGGGCCUCCCCCAACUCAGCCUGCAGCUGCAUCGGAGUUCCCAAGACCUCCCUGAUUCCUGGUGGCAACCCAACUCCCUCCCCCCCACUCCUUAGCUGGGACAACUUCCCCUUUACCAACCCACAAGUCGUGGGGUCAUGAGAGUCCCUCAGGCUGCAGGGAGUGUCACAGGUAAGCGAAGCAGUCACUUAAGGGCAAUCUAGGUCCCAACUGCCAUCAUAGCCCAAAGGCCACCUGUGUUACUGUUCAGUUAAACACAACUACACAGAUGUAACCAAGUGUUUAAAAACUAAGCCUUUGGGUCACAAUUUCUCCCGCCCCCCCUUGGCAUUUUCUCUCAUAUUGUGUGCAUCUGGAGUAUCCCUAUGCAUAAAGUCUGUGCUUUUCUUUUUCCUUCACAUGAUCUGCUUAAUUCUCUGUAUUUCCCAAACGAAAAAUCUGGAAGGUAAAGAAGAGAGUUAGGUGUGAGAGGAGGAGAAAGGCCUCUCUUCCUCUAGUGCCUCCACUUCUCUCAAGGAGGACCCUCUCCUUGCUCCCCGCCCACAGACGACAUAAAGGGACCUAUUCAGAAGGUGUUUGCUCAGUUGCAUAAGCCCAUUUCAAGGGGGCUUCACUUAAGAGGGGGCUUAGCCCAUUUCAAGAGUGGCCUCACUGCUUAAUGAAGAGGGAGGCCAGGCCCCACACACCCACCUAACUGAAAGGCAAUCAGUCCUGCCACAAAAAGCUGUCUUAAGGGGAGGGGGACAUUCUCCUCAGCCCCCAGUGGGAUCUUGGCACUCUCGCCCACAAAAUGGAGGUCCAGCCACUCCACCUCUUGGCCAGGAGGUGCCUUCGGAGCCCCUCACUGCCUUAGCAAAGCUGCAGGGUUUGGGGAAAUUAUCUUUUCUGCAUUUUAGUGAAUACAGUAUUAAAAUUGCAUUUAACAACAUGGCAUUAAUAAAUAAUAUUGAUUACAUGUAAAUAGAGUAAUGGUGGCAAUUUUCAAUCAAUGUUUUCAGUUCUGCAGGAAGGCCAAGAGGGGGGUCUCCUUCCGAGGGGUCCCAGCUGAGCCGUGGCACCUGCACUAAGAGGCCGGUUCUGUGUGUGGCCUGCCAGGAGGCUUCAACACGUGGCAGAGACAAGGGGCCGAGACAAGGGGACAUGCCUGGGCUCAGCUGUGGGAGAGUCAGCUCAGCACCUGCCAGCUCCCCUCAUGCCUGAAGAUGUUGGGGCAAACAUGCUGUGUUUCAGGCAAGCCAUUGCUGAAAGGGAGCACCAGGUGACAGCACAUCUGAAGCAUCCGUCCCAAGUUGCAAACACCACGUCCUCUGAAGACGCCUCAUCUGGAGGACCUGGAAACCACCUUCCCAGGAGAGUCGCACAGGGCUGGGAAUGAGUUGGGAGGUGCCGAGGAGGGGAUGCACCUCCAUCAGCCUCUCCAUUGGCUGCUUCUGCUCACUCAGAAUAGAAUAAAAAGGGCCCCAUCCCAGCCCUGGGAUGCAUGUCAGACAACUCACCAUGUGGCCCCUGAUCCUGCUCAGCCUGCUCUCUGGAGGCCUGGUCCUAACCAGCAAGAUCCAGAAUGAAUGUGCCAAGGGAGCAGUGUACUGGUGCAGCAACUUAAUGACUGCUAUCAAGUGUGAUGCUUUGGAUCACUGUGUCCAGACUGGGUGGAAUCAAGCCAGCGAUGAGGACAUGUGUGCAGAUUGCAAACAACUUGUCUCCAUUCUGGUGCGCAUGGCCAAGGAAUCGGCCUUUAAGAAAGCCUUCCAGAAGUAUUUGGAGCAGGAAUGUACCAAUUUGCCACUUCAGACACUUAUCCCUCAGUGCCAGGCCCUGGUAAAGGACUACUAUGCCCGUUUAAUUGCCAGCCUGGAAAAACAACUUGGUCCCAGCAUCAUAUGCACCCAGCUGGGGGCCUGUCCAGCUGACCUUCCAGGAAGCCAGGAUGGCUUCAUGCAGCUGCUCAGAAGGCUGGAGCAGCUCCUUCCACAGCUGCAAGGCCAGAGGCCCAUUCUGCCCACUGGCCACACUCAGGAGUCCCCGCAGGAGCUUCUGCCCAUUCCCCUGCCUCUCUGCUGGUUGUGCAGGACGUUUAUUGGCAAGGCUGAGUCGGUCAUCCCCAAGGCCGCUAUUGGCAAAGCCAUGUCCAAACUCUGCUACAUUCUGCCAGGGGUUGUGGCUGGCAUGUGCCAGUGUCUGAUGGAGAAAUACACGGUGAUCAUCGUGGACACAAUUGUGAGCAAGCUGGGCCCACGCCUGAUCUGUGGGAUGAUGCUGAUGUGUGCCUCGGAGGAAAACUGCAGUCCAGAGCCCCCUUUGCCAGCCACAGCUGAGGGAUGCCAGAUGUGCCUCAUGAUCAGCGGCCAAGUGAAGGCAUCUAUGGGGGCAAAUGGCACCCGGAAGGCAGUGGAGGCAGCCUUGUCCACAGCCUGCAGCCCUUCCUUUCCUUCCUGGCCUCAGUGCCACCACUUCCUCUACCAGCACCAGCAGAAGCUCUCCGCACUGUUAAUGAAGCCCUGGGACUCACAGAUUACCUGCCAGGAACUGGGUGCCUGCACAGCUGAGCAACUUUUGCAGAGUGCCACUUCUUGUGCCCAGGGACCCACUUACUGGUGCUCCAGCUUGAGUGCAGCCAAGCAGUGCAAGGCUACAAAGCACUGCCAGGAUCAUGUAUGGUUGUAACCAAGCGAGGAGGCCAGCUGAAGGCAAGACAGCCCUGCUCCUCUCCCCUUGACUGCGGAGGCAGAAAAGAAUCUCAACUAUUAAAAUUAACCUCCAGAUCACACUGA